UACUCGAUAACGUUAUCUACAACAUAUACAUGUCGGAGUUAUAUGUGAGUACUGUUUCUAGGAAAGCAAAAAUGAAUAGAGAUACAUCUACAUGUAGGUGCAUUCCAAAGGCAUGCAACGGGAGCCGGAUUAUUCGUUGUAGGUCACGUUGAUGCGUAGUAAGACUGCGCAUGUCGCAAUCAAUUCUUUCAAGUGCCCCUUCCAAUGUACUUAAAUCACUUACAUCUCAUAGUACGCCAAGAGGGAAACCGUACGCAAUAUAAUUUAAUAUGCAUUGCUCAAUGAUACUUACAAAAAAACUGUGAAUGCUGUUAACUCGGCAUGCGCGCGCAAGUACGGCUUCUGUGACACAAAAACACCAAAACUCUCGCAUUUAUUGGCUUACGUCGAACAGACACGACCGGAAAAAUACGGUGAAAAUUUCCGGAGUAACUCGACGAUUUUCUAAAAUUAAACUCAGAAAAGGCGGCUUUAUUAAAGGCUAGUCCAGUCCUCUGGACUCUAAAUUAUCUUCACCUGUAAUGGAGAAAGGUGAUCGCGUUUCAGAAUAUUUAUUCGCGAAGAUGGGCCCAGGGGACCGGGGGCCGAAGACCACAGACCCCAGGUCUGCUGCUGCUGCAGUGGAAUAUACCGGGGUGAGGAAGUGGUUUAUAGAUAAUACACUUCUGGUUGUGACCUUGGCUGGUGUAUUGAGCGGUAUUGCAAUCGGUUUUGGUCUUCGACCAUAUCACCUGGGUGCCGAUGCUCUCAUGAUAAUUUCAUAUCCUGGAGAAUUGUUCAUGAGGCUCUUAAAACUGAUGAUUCUACCUCUAGUGAUAGCCAGUCUCAUUGCUGGUUCGGCAAGCCUGAAUGCGAAGAUGAGUGGUAAAAUCGCUUUAAGAACCUUAUCCUACUUUGUAUUAACAUCAAUGUUCAAUGCUUUUCUGGGAGUGGUUUUGGCGGUGUUGAUACACCCAGGUGAAUCUUAUUUGAAAGAUAUUUCUGGGACACCAGUUCAGAAGAGCGAGCAUAGUAUAUUAGACAGUCUUCUGGAUAUCGGUCGAAACAUCUUCCCGGAUAACAUAGUUCAGGCUGCAUUUCAGCAAGCCCAUACCGUUUACGUCCAGCCCCAGACAAUGUUAUCAAGUAAUGGUACAGAGAAUGGCACACAACCAGCCUUGGUUAGAGUAGUUCAAUAUAGGUCGGGAACAAAUACAUUAGGUUUAGUAUUUUUCUGCUUAGUAUUUGGCAGUUUAUUAGGAACCCUCGGAGCAAAAGGGCAAGUCGUUGUAGACUUCUUCCAGGCGAUCUUCGAGGUGAUCAUGAAAAUGGUGACAGGUGUGAUGUGGUUCACACCUGUGGGUGUGAGCAGCGUUAUCGCUGGAAAGAUUCUUGGUGUCGAUAAUGUUGCGCAAGUGAUGUCGCAACUGGCCUGGUUCAUAACCACAGUUACAAUUGGCGUAUUCUUUUAUCAGCUCAUCGUGAUGCAAUUACUCUACUUUCUUUUCCUAAGAAGAAACCCAUACAAGUUCUAUUGGGGAUUAUCUCAUGCUAUGCUGACGGCUUCGGCCACCGCGUCCACUGCAGCAGCGUUACCAAUAACAUUCCGUGCGAUGGAAGGGCCGCUACAUAUCGACUCCCGUAUUACCCGUUUUGUUCUGCCUAUAGGCUGUAACAUAAAUAUGGACGGAACAGCUCUCUUUCUAGCAGUUGCCAGUGUGUUUAUAUGCCAGAUGAAUAAUAUGCAUAUGGGAUUUGCUCAACUGGCAACUAUAUUCUUAACAUCAACGGCGACUUCAUUAUCAUCAGCGUCAGUACCGUCGGCUGCAAUGGUGCUACUCCUCGUGGUGCUGGCCGCUGUGGAUGCGCCAACAGAAGAUGUUUCGCUUUUAUUCGCCGUCGACUGGCUGGUUGACAGAAUACGGACUACAAACAAUAUGUUGGGAGAUUGCUAUACAGCGGCUAUUGUGGAACACCUAUCAAAACAUGAGUUGAUGGCUUGUGACGCUGCAUCUAUGGAACCGGUAGCUACCAACGGUACUUUGCCGACCACAACAACAGAUUUAGAUAUAGUUUCAUCGAAGAAGUCUUUAGAGUCCGAUGAUAUUGUAAUAGACAUGCAUUUAGGUAAUAAUAAGAGUUAGUUAUUGUUAUGUAAUCAGUAAUCAUUGUAAUUUUACACACGUUUAUGUAAUCAUGUAUCUAAAACAUCGCAAUGUAAUAUCGAGCUUGGAACGGGAGAAACUAGACUAUAUCACUGAAAUGAGGAUCAAAUUAAUGACGACUUUAGCCGAGGCGAUUGCUAACAAAAUUUAAACCGUUCAAUGUUACUUUGUUAUGACUAUGACAUACAAUUUCGUUUCUUAUCAUCAAUAUGAAAAUCGGUUAAUCAACACAUGCAUUUUUAGGUGGUCCAAUUCCUUGUUUAUAAGAACCCUGUGAGUUUUUACUUAGUUUUACAUUUAAAAGCUAUUGCAGUUACAGUAGGAUUAAAACAUAAUUAGAUUAUAGAUGUAGGUAUGUCAACGUUAAAAUUGUAGGCGUUUUGUUAUAUUUGUGCAAAUACGUUCAAAAUAUCACCUUUGUUUUGUGGUUUUUGCAUUUAAAAUACGAUUUGAUAUUGUAUGACCCAAAACGUAAUGUUACAGGUUUUUUGUGUUUCCCAGAAUUUUUGUGGCCUACCUUAGACAACCUUAAUUGUUUAGCCCAUACGUAACAUUAAAUUUUUAUAUUUAAAAAAAUUGUUCCCCUAAUUGUACUCCUAAAUUUACAUCAUAGGUUUUAGGAAGGAAUCACUAAGAAUUUUUUAACGAAACAAUAGUAAAUAUUCAAAACUUAAUGAAUGACUGGAAUUCAAAUUCCUAAUAAUUAAAAUAAAGAGUUUUUCUAUGUUAAGUUACUGAGUUUUCUGUAUUAAUUCCUUACGCUUGAUAUUUCUACAUAGAUAUUUCAUAUUGGAUUCCAAUUUGGUCUUAUAUCCAGUGGAUUUCGAUUGCCCCCUUAACAAUCGAAUUGCCCCUCUGGGGACUCUUCGUUGGGGAGUACAGGUCUAACAAUAAUUGCUUUAUUUAAAAUGAUAAGUCUUCUAAAUAUGAAGUUUUUAUGUAAAACUGUAAAGAUACUAUCAAGUAACAAGGAGCUUUCUAAUAUUUUGAACGUAUUUUCACAUGUAGGUAUAGGCAUUCGUGCUGAAAUACACAAAGGUCAACAAAAGCAGUUUUUGAGAGCUCCUUCAUCAUGUCGACGUUUGUGUAUUUGAAAUUAAUUGUAGGGUAACCAGAUAUUAAUCUGCUCAACCCCUUUAAGAGCCAUUCAAGUAUUACAUAAGCAUAUAUACCGUUAUUACCCAACCUUCCUCUUGUCAUAAAAAGAAAGCAAUGGUCUCAAAAAUAAUAGUACAGUAAACAUAGUAGUACAUAAAAUUAUUCGUUUUUUUGUAGGAAUCCUUGUAAAUGCAUUUCGUUCUCCAGCAAAGACAAUGUGUGGGUAAUGUGUGUAAAAAGUAAAUUAAUACAAAUGACGUAAUAAAAAAAAAUAAGACAAUCAAAGUAGCCCUAUAGUGCUUACGUAAUACUUGAACGGCCCCUUAUUUAAUUCGGGGCCUAAUCAAUUAUGAAGUAUUAUCAUAUAGACUUUAUACUUUGUGAUAAUGUAGGUAUUGUAGUAUAGCCCCAACUGUGAUAUGUAUGUUCAAUUUAUAUUAGGAAUAAAGAGCUUUAAUCGUGA